AUAAUUAAAAGCCUACACUCUUUAUGAUGUGUUGUUAAUACAGUAUUUUAAGUAAAACAUAUCGUUAAUCAUACUUAAAGGUACAAUUAUAUAUUAUUUUAAAUAUCCUUUUUUUUUUACUACUUCAUCAAAUUUAUUUGAAACAAAUAAAACUUAUUAAACAACUAAAAUUUUUCAGUUACUUAUUAUGAAGAAAAUGGAUGAGGCAACUAUCACAUCGAUUUUGUCUUCCUCAUCUUUUUCACCAUGUUCGCCUAAUGAAAUAGCUAUACGUCCAGGAGACUGUGUCGAAGGUGGUGUUGAAGAAUGGUUAGAAGAUGAAGCAUUACCAGGGUUUCGUGUUUGGCAACUUGCUGGCAUUAUUCUUUCUAUCUUACUUAGUGUACUCAUUGGACUUUGUUGUUGCUUUCGAUUUAGAGUACCACGAACUAAGCAAGAAAUAGAAGCUGAUUAUGUUAGAAAGAAGAUAACAAAAAGCUUUAGACAUGAAUUAUCCAAAAUUAGUAAUACAGAAAUGGACGAUAUGGAUUUGAAGAAAGCGUUAUGUAAAAUCCAAAAUAAGUUUGAGAUGGAAAGUCAUGAAGUCCAGAGGGAUCAAGAAACAACUUACGAAAGUAUACAUGGAUUAAGAUCAAGAUUCAGUGCAAUGUUCAACAGGAUUCACUUCACUAAAGAAGAACAUAUUAAUACUGAUACUAUAAUUUAGUUAAUUUACAGGGAUAAAAUUAACUACUAUAUGUAUUUAAUUCCAAAUAAUUAAGUUCUGUUGAAUGUAAUAGAAUUGAAGAAACAAUACAUAAGUAAAUUCUAUACAAUA